AUGCGCGCCGGCGGAAGGGCCUGGCGGUGGGCGCAGCUCCUCGUGCAGCGGCGGCUCUCGGGGGCAGGAAGGGCGGCCAUGGCGGAGGCCGGCGCGGUGGGGCAGAGGAUGGUCUGGGUGGACCUGGAGAUGACCGGCUUGGACAUCGAGAAAGACCAGAUCAUCGAGAUGGCCUGCCUCAUCACCGAUUCGGACUUAAAUGUCUUGGCUGAAGGUCCCAACCUGAUAAUAAACCAGCCAGACGAGCUACUGGAUGGCAUGUCAGAUUGGUGCAAAGAGCAUCAUGGGAAGUCGGGCCUUACCAAGGCGGUGAAAGAAAGCACCAUAUCUCUACGCCAAGCAGAGUACGAAUUUCUGUCUUUUGUUCGGCAGCAGACACCACCAGGACUCUGCCCUCUUGCAGGAAACUCGGUACAUGCGGACAAGAAGUUUCUCGACAAACACAUGCCACAGUUCAUGAAGCAUCUUCACUACCGAAUCAUUGAUGUAAGCACCAUCAAAGAACUGUGCAGACGCUGGUUCCCAGAGGAUUAUGAGUUUGCUCCGAAGAAGGCGGCUUCUCACAGAGCUCUUGACGACAUCCGGGAGAGCAUCAAAGAGCUUCAGUUCUACAGAAACAGCAUCUUCAAGAGGAAAACAGAUGAGAAGAAAAGGAAGCUAGUGGAAAACGGUGACAAUGAGAGCUCCACCAGUUGAUCUCAUAGUCC